CUCCUCCACCAAAACGCCAAAACCCAAACCCCACUCGGCGAAGGAGAAGAAGCGGCGCAAUGCUGGAGGUGGCGGCGAUCCCUGAGCUGUGGAGCACCGUGCACGGGUGGUUCACCCCAUGGGUGCUGUUCAUCGUGCUCAACCUCGUCGUCCUCACCAUCUUCGUCACCUCCAUGGCCACGGCCCCGGCGGAGGGCGGAGAAGGGACUGCGCCCGGUGCUGACGGCGAGAGGAGGAACCUGGCCGUCCGGCACCGGUCGCCCAACCUGCCUCGCUUCACCGCCCCCGCCUCUGAGGCCCCGGCGACCGGAGUACUGGAUCUGGGGCAGCCCGACGAUCAGCCGCCGGCGCUCGAGAUGGAGCCGGAGAAUCCGGGUGAGCGCGAGCACGCGCGCAUGGAGAGGAGCAUGUCUGAGGCGGCCGUCGAGGCCGAGCUGCCGCGGCGGCCGGCGAGGCUGCGCAAGUCGGCGAGCGACAAGUCGGCGUUCGCGCACGUCGUGGCCAAGAAGGACAUCGAGGUGGUGGAGGUGCGCAGGCCGGCGACGACGAGGGACGCGGAGCGCGGCCGCCCCCUGGUGGCGAAAGCGGAGGAGCCGGCGUCGGAGGAGGAGAUCCAGGAGGCCGGCAGCGAGGUGGACGCCCGCGCGGACGAGUUCAUCAACAAGUUCCACCACCAGCUGAAGCAGCAGCGCAUCGACUCCUUCAGGCGCUCCCGGAAUGCGCUCCACCGCCGCCAGGCGUCCGUGGUGCCAGAGGCGCGCUAGGCUGGCGUCUCCCGCAGCCGCGGGUGCUCCACAGAGCUGCUUCCCGCGCUAGUAGCCCAGUCGAUGAAUAAUAAAUAACCAAACAAAAUCUGGCUUCCGAAUCUUUGCUAAGAAAUGACAUGGUGGCGAGCCAGCUCUCAAGCGUUAAACCAACCAAUGUUGUGUGUGCCGUUCGGCCAUGCGAUGCGCCGGGGAAUCUGAUAUAUGUUUAAUGCUGAUGAGGGUUCUUCUGCACCUUUCUGUCACAGUGUCACCUUUUGUUCUGCACAUUCCUCC